UUUUCUUGAAAGAACCCAAGAAAAAACGUAACAGGAUCAAAAGAAUAUGUCGUUGUUUUAAAAUUACAAUCGAUUCUCGAUUAAUAUUAACUGGUAUCAGAAAUCAGAGAAUUCAUUCAUUCAUGUUUUGUCCACAUGCAUGCAUAUGCUGAUAUAUGUAAACGAUGAUAAAGCUAUAACGUUUUGUUGCAUAUAUUAUAAGUUUCAUAUUUUCGCAUAGUGAUUUAGGGUUUAACGACAAAAUUACAAAACGAUAGCUAUGGCUGACGAAAACUCAACGAACCAAACGGAAGAUCAAGAAUUAAACGAUUUGUUAGACAGUGCUUUGAAGGACUUCAACAAAGAACAAGUAUCAGAUAAAGAGGAUACGCGUAAAGCAGAUACUUUAGAAUCCACGACAGAUAAGAACACAACUGAUAUAUCGGAAGAUGCUUGGACUACAGAUUUUGUUAAACAAGCAGCAGAACAAUUUGUAGAAAGCCUGCGACAUUUCAUUCAAAAUGAAACAGAUAGCGAAUUAGGAGUUACUUCUCAAAGGAUGGCACAGACAGUUGCUAGUGCGAUAAACAACGAAGAAACCUUUGAUAAAGAUAGUGUGAGUAGAGACUUUCAAACUGCCAUUGCACAAGCAUUAAACGACUUGUCUACAACAUCCGAAAACUUACAGAGCGAAGCUGAUUUAUCUGAAAUGUUUGGAUUAGCAUCCUUGGAAGAUGGGCCAGGUGCCAUUCCACCAUUCAUGCAAGGAAUGCUACAGCAUUUAUUGUCAAAAGAAAUUUUGUAUCCGUCACUAAAAGAAUUAGUAGAUAAGUAUCCUGAAUGGUUAGAAGAGAAGAAGACAGCGAUAUCAUCGAGUGACCUUCAGAGGUUUAGAAAACAGCUUGAAUUAAUGCAGCAGGUAUGUAUGGAACUCGAUAAAGAGAAAGAUGGUGAUACGGAAGAAGUGAAAAAGAAACGUUUUGAAACAAUAAUAUCGUUUAUGCAAGAAAUACAAGCUUGUGGUCAAUUACCUGAAGAAUUAAUAGGAGAACAGACAACGCUUUUUCAAACUGAUACUGAGGGCGAUCCUGUGAUUCCAGCGUUACUACGCAGCAUGGAAACACCGCAGAAUUGUUGCUUAAUGUAAAUCCAUCCUAAUAAUUAUUCUUUGACCUCUGCGUUUAUAAUAAUACAAGAGGUUGUUGUUUAAAAUAAAAUAUCGAGGUAAAUAACGAA